AUGGUCAAGAAACAGUCUCCAGGCCCCUAAGCAGCUGGUGUUCGGCAUUGCCAAGGGUGGGGCCUGUUGUGUCAGCUGAGAGGAUCGGGAUAUUCACCCCUUGAAGAUGAUGAAGAUGUGUAUGCACGCAGUAGAUAUAAAGAAACUCCGUGGUGCUCCCCCAUUAAGGUGAAACAUGGUUAUGCAAACUGCAGGACACCUCAAGGGGAAUAUUACAAGAAUGUAUUGGGGACAAGAUGUGAUAUUCGCUGUCAAAAAGGCUAUGAACUGCAUGGCCCUCAGCAGCUAAUUUGUCAGUCAAGCAAGCGCUGGUCUGGGAAAGUGCUGUGCAAACAAAAGCGCUGCCCCACCCUGUCCAUGCCAACCAACGGGGGCUUCAAGUGCUUAGAUGGUGCCUACUUUGGCUCAAGGUGCGAGUACUACUGUUCACCGGGAUACCAGCUGAAAGGCGACCGUAUAGUAACGUGCAUGGACAACAAAGUUUGGAGUGGCCGGCCAGCGUCCUGCGUUGAUACAGAACCUCCGAGAAUCCAGUGCCCGAGCGUGAAGGAGAAAACCGCGGAGCCCAACAAGUUGACGGCCAGAGUGUUCUGGGACACCCCAGAGGGACGGGACACUGCUGACGGGAUUCUGACAGAUGUUAUUUUGAAAGGCCUGCCACCAGGGUCACAUUUUCCGGAAGGUGACCACAAAAUCCAGUAUACUGUGUAUGACAGAGCUGAAAACAAAGGCACUUGCAAAUUUCUUGUUAAAGUCAGAGUCAGGCGCUGUGUGAAAUUAAAUGCCCCAGAUAAUGGCUACAUCAAGUGCUCAGGUGAUGGAAAUAACUAUGGUGCUACAUGUGAGUUCUCCUGCAUUGGUGGCUACGAGCUUCAAGGAAGCCCAGCUAGAGUAUGCCAGUACAAUUUGGGGUGGUCAGGAGUGGAGCCAACCUGUGCACCCAUGAAUAUUAAUGUGAAUGUGAGGACUGCAGCUGCACUUCUGGAUCAGUUUUAUGAGAAGCGGAGACUGCUAAUUAUUUCAACUCCUACUGCAGCCAACUUCUUCUACAGGAUGCAGUUGGGAAUGCUGCAGCCAGCACAGUGUGGUUUAGACCUCCGGCAUGUUACCGUAGUUGAAUUGGUUGGUGUCUUCCCAGCACAGAUAGGAAGAAUAGGUGUAAAGCUGCUGCCACCAUCACUUGCCCUGCAACUCAGGCUGCUGCUGAGGAUCCCCCAUUACAAUUUCAACAUCGUGGUGAUGGACAAGCACGGAAUGGACAAGGAACGCUAUCCUUUCCCAGCAACACCAGCCGAGCUCUUUGCACUUAUUGACAAUUUUCCCUUGAGAAAAGAAGAGAUGAAACUGCAAGCAGAAAUUGGUCAGUCAUGUCCCUAAUUCAGGAUUGCAGGGCUUGCAGUUGUCUCUGAAUUUUUUUUAAUCCACUUAAUUCUCCCCUUGGUGCUACACAAAGCAUAGCUUUUUUUUAAUCACUGAUGUACAGAUUUUUUGUGUGUAUUGUUAAGUCUGUCCGGCUGUGUAGCUACUCUGCAUAGAAGUAUGCAUGAUGCUUUUCGGUACUUUCAGCCAUAUUUAGAUAAAUGUGUACGUAGGAUUACUACCCAAUGGAAUAUCUUGUACAGAGAGUGAAGAACUGAGGCACGUUUCUGGGAGUUUAUUUUGGAUUUUUCAUUCAGUGUAAA